CGCCAACUUUCUGAGCGCACAGGCGCACUAUUUCCCUCCUAAGACGGCUGUGUUUACUUGAGAGGACUUCGCUGCCUCGUCACAUCUCCGGUGCUCCUCCGCAGAACGAAGUGAGCGGAACCUUUGGCGCUUUUACGCGCACCACCGCUGACUUCUGCCGAAUUACGCGCAGCGCCGAGGGACCCUCGCUUGUUGUCAGGGUCGGACUUGUUGACAGCAGAAUGUGGGGGAUGCAGAGGAGUCGGUAUGCGGACUGUAACGGCUCAGACGCCAGCGAGGAGACCGAGGUUGUGGUCAACAUCGGCGGGGUCAAACAGGUUCUAUUCGGGGACGUGUUGAAUCGCUUCCCAGACACCCGCCUGGCUGAGCUGACCAAGUGUUCCGUCAAGUCCUCGGAGGAGAUCUCAUCGCUAUGUGAUGACUACGACUCGGAGACGGGGGAGUUUUAUUUUGACAGAGACCCCGAGGCGUUCAAGUGCAUCAUCGAGCUCUACUAUUACGGAGAGAUCCACAUCAAAAGAGGGAUCUGUCCCAUCUGUUUCAUGAAGGAGAUGGAGUUCUGGAGGAUCGGAGCGGAUUUCUUGGACGACUGCUGCAAGUGCCAGCUGAAGGAGGUGCAGGACGAACUUGCAGAGAUUGCGGAGAAAGUGAAAACUAUCCUGGUGGACAGAGAGGGGGACCCCAGCGCGGGUCGGUGGCAGCGGUUCCAGAUGUGCCUGUGGCGGCUGAUGGAGAAGCCGGAGUCCUCGCUCCCCGCGCACAUCAUCGCCAUUGUCUCCUUCAUCUUCAUCCUGGUCUCCUCCGUGGUCAUGUGUGUGGGGACCAUCCCGGACCUGCAGGUGGAGGACUCGGAGGGGAACCUGGUGGAGCACCCGACUCUGGAGGUGAUCGAGACUGUGUGUAUCGGGUGGUUCACCAUCGAGUACACGCUGCGUCUCAUCUCCGCCCCCAACAAAGUGAAAUUCAUGUUGGCCUUCAUGAACAUCGUGGACUUUAUGGCCAUCAUGCCCUUCUUCGUGGUGCUGAUUCUGACCUCGUUCGGCGCUGGCGUGAUGGAGCUGGCCAACGUGCAGCAGGCGGUGCAGGCUUUGCGCAUUAUGCGCAUUGCGCGCAUCUUCAAGCUGGCGCGUCAUUCCUCCGGACUCCAGACGCUGACAUCCGCCCUUAAGAGCAGCUUCAAAGAACUGGGUCUGCUCCUCAUGUACAUGGGGGUGGGGGUGUUCCUGUUCUCCGCUCUGGGCUACACCAUGGAGCAGAACCACCCGGAGACCCUCUUCACCAGCAUCCCUCAGUCUUUCUGGUGGGCUGUGAUCACCAUGACCACCGUGGGCUACGGAGACGUGUACCCCAAGACCACUCUAGGUCGCUGCAACGCGGCCAUCAGCUUCUUGUGCGGGGUGAUCGCUAUCGCGCUGCCCAUCCAUCCCAUCAUAAACAACUUCGUCCUGUUCUACAACAAGCAACAGGUGCUGGAGACCGCGGCCAAGCAUGAGAUCGAGCUGAUGGCGCUGCGCUCCGAGGACGCUCAGCUCGAGUCCAGCCCGCACAAACACGCCUGUUGCGCGGGUGUGUGGGACCACAGCGCGGCUCCCGGACGCAGCGAUGCGUUCGUUCCGCUGCUGAAGGACCCCAAGGCGGGGGCGGGGCUGCAGACCCCCAGCAUGGACAGGAGCUUUGAGAGCACUGCUGAGGUCUCCGAGUACUCCAUGUCAUGAACCCGUUUCAUCCAAUAGGAAAAAUCCUCAUGAACCUCCAUACAUGUGGCCCGUCCGAGACUUGUGGGCGCCCCGGGAAGGACACUUUAGGGGGGUCAGUAACAGAACAGGGAAACAGCCGGGGAUCAUCUGGACUUCAACAAUCUUUGUUAUUUAAUGAGAAAAUGGCAGAAAAACAAACAAAAAAAUCCUUGCUUUAUUACCCCCAAAAAGAUGUAGAAAUAAUUACAUUCAAUUUCUUCCUCUGAUUGAGAGGUAACUCAUUUAAGUGCAGCAGUGAAGCUCCCAGGCACAAACAUUAUUCAAAAUUUGAAUCGAUGCUUUAUCUAAAUAGAUGUACUGGAUCAUUCUGCAUUGCAGAGAAAUAAAUCUAAAUUUUUAAGCCAAAGCAAUCUGCACAAUCUGAGUUAAAACUUUGGUGUUUGUUGCGUGGAAGGCUGAAGUACGAGUCCAUUAUAUGUUAUGUUUGAAUGAAUCACUGUGUGGAAUAACUGUAGUUGAAGUGGCUGCCAUAUAAUGACUCACUUAAAUGAUGCGGAAAGUCGCGUCAUGUUGUUCUGAAGGAGACUAAAACAAGUCUCUUUGAUGUGACAGCCUGGCCUUAAAAAGCUUGGCAGCUUGUUUAAUAAAGCAGUUAGUUUAAUGGGAGUUCAUGCAGGUGCCAACCCCCCAGUUUUGAAGUAAAGUUUGAACUAAAAGAUAUGCUGAGUGUAAAUACUGCAUGUGCUUUCAGGUUAUCUCUCAAAUGGUUUCCUUCCAGAAUGCAUGGAGUCGACUGGACCAGCAUGGUUGAUUGACAGAUGGUGCCCGUCAGACAGUAAAGGGGCUCAUAUUGAACCCUUGGAGACGAAGUGUGGCCCCAAAGAGUCUGUGUACGGCCCUGUCGUAUAAGUGUUUUGUAACUGUCUGAGUCAACAAGCCUCCAACAAACAUGGCCAAUCUGUCCAACUAAAUGUGACUUAAUAAAUGGAGGCGACACUCAUCGAUGCUGUGUGACUGAAAUGUUGCCUUUGCCUCAAAGACAGGUCGGACUGGAACCAGCAACUGCAGGUGGUGAUAAUAACCGACAACUUGGUCACCGUGAUGAGGAACAUUUUUCAGCUCAAUGAAAGUUCUUUAUGUCAUUUUGGACAAAUAAAAACAUCAGACCAGACACUGACUGUAAAAGCAGUUUUGAAGUGUAGAAGCGAAUUACUUAAAAUGGACGCUUGUGACGCCACCGCAGCACUGAGUCUUGCCAUUGAGCUCAGACUGACAGGACAAAUAUACAAACUCAGCUUUAUUGUAUUAUGACAAAUGCAGGUUUUUGUGAUACUCAUGGUGCUUGGAUUUAUUUAUUUUUUUGACCGAAAUGUACUGCAAUUUUUUCUGUAGCUCAAAGUGUGACAAGAAUCUAUUAAUACAACUGAACAUUAAGACAAAUCAAAAUACUACAGUAAAUGUUAUACCUGUUUGUGACAUCAUUAUCUGUUACUAAUCUUAUAUUUAUCCUAAAACGUCUUAGGUAUGACUUGUUUCACAGGAUAGAUUUUGAU